CAAGUUGUUGCUCAAAGUCAGGCCAACGUCGAAAGACGUUGUUUUCAUUUGUUUUGUGCUCCAGUCGCCCCUGGCGAUUUGAAAUGAUCAAGGAUAAGAUGAAGCAUGCGCCAAAGCCGUUGCAACUUCUCAUGCUUUGCAGUGCCAUGUUGGCAGUGCGUGGGGCGACCAUCAGGGCCGCCUCGGCCGCGGACGUCGCGGCCUACGAGGCAUUUCGCAGCCACUACGGGAGAAGUGAAGAGCAGGGCUCGUCGGAUUAUCAGCAAAGGUUGGCGUUUUUCAUUCAGAGAAAAGCGGAAGUCGAUGCUCAAAAUGCCAAGGUCAACAAGACUUGGUGGGCAAAGGUGAAUAAGUUUGCAGACAUGACGGACUUAGAAUAUCGAUCUUUGCUUGGAUAUCGACGUGUCAUACGUCCAGGGUCAUCCAAAGGAAUCAUCCGUGGCUCAUCGUUUUUGCAGAUGGAUGCCAUUGCCGAGAGCAGGGAUUGGCGUAAACUGAACUCCAGUGGUUUCUUGCGUGUGCAAGGUGGUUGUGGCUCCUGUUGGGCAGUUGCAGCCACGGGAGCCCUGGAGAUGCACGCGGAAAUCCAUCAGAAUCAGAAACAGAAAUUGUCGUUUUCGCAGUUGUUGGAUUGUACUCCAAACCCGGCGCAUUGUGGUGGCGAUGGCGGCUGUUCGGGUGCUACAGCUGAGUUAGCCUUUGAGUUCGCACAGCAGCAUGGCAUCGCCAGCGAAGCCGACUACCAGGAUUCGGAGUCGGAUGGGAAAUGCGUUGCGACGAAAGCAGCGCUGCAGCCCAAAGGAUUUGUGAAGCUGCCUGAGAAUCAGCUGUCCCCAUUGUUAGCUGCGGUGUCGGAAAAGGGCCCUGUUGUGGUCUCUGUGGACGCGGGGCAGUGGGCCAUGUACGACGGAGGAGUCUUCAACAGCUGCAAGCAAGAUGCCACGAUCAACCACGCCGUGCUGCUGGUGGGCUAUGGUGAAGACAAAGGUGAAAAGUAUUGGGUGAUCCGCAACUCUUGGGGUGCUGAUUGGGGUGAGAAUGGCUACAUGCGGCUCCUACGUCACGAUGGCGAUGAAGCCAAAGGCGGUCAGAGUGGAUUCUGUGGCACUGACUAUGACCCCAAGGUCGGAGUUGGAUGCAAAGGUGGUCCCCCGUCACUGCCGGUCUGUGGCAUGUGUGGCGUCUUGUCAGAUUCCAGUUACCCCAGGAUCUGAGACAGGCUGAGCCCCGGGGCUGUGGCGGCAAAGCCGCAAGCAGAGCAGCCUUGGCAGAAAAACGACUCUCUGAGACGCUCGAUGUUUUCGGCUUCGGAUUGG